AUGGCUGUUGAAGAGUUACAAACAUUUUGCCUAAUAGAGAUAGAGAAAUUAUUACAGACCAAUAAAAAAUUAUUAAGAGAUUUUGCUGGUAUGCCUCUUCCUAAUAUUGAUUUGGUCUCACAAUUUAGUAAUUCUAUGGUGUUGCGUGAAUUAGAAUAUGACAUUUCUAUUAUGCUUCAAGAACACGAUUCAAAUUUUCCAAAGUUGAAUGAAAAACAGAAGUCAAUCUAUAAUGGGACUAUACAUUGUGUUACUAACAAGGAACAUGGUUUAUUUUUCAUUUAUGGGUUUGGUGGGACUGAAAAAACUUUUUUAUAUAGACUCUUAUCUGCCAAACUGCGUUCUCAAAGAAGAAUUGUUAUUAAAGUUGCUUCAAGUGGAAUUGCUUCAUUAUUGUUACCUGGUGGUAAGACAACUAAUUCUAUGUUUGGUACCCCACUUGAAUUGAAUGAAGAUACUAUUUGUAGAAUUCCGAAAGAUAGUCCUAAGGCUGAUUUAAUUCGGCGUGCUAAGCUGAUUAUUUGGGAUGAAGUUUCAAUGACAAACAAAUUAGAAUUUGAAACUUUAGACAGAACUUCUCGUGUUGAGAUUGUUAUGGCAUCAAUCAAUUCUUCAAUUCUUUGGAAGCACUUUGAAAUGUUGAUGUUGACAAAAAAUAUGCGGUUAGAAAAUGCUACAAAUCAAUCAAAUCUGGAAGAAUUGAAAAGGUUUUUCGAUUGGAUUCUUCAGAUUGGAGAAGGGCUUGAUGAUAUUAUAAAUGCAAUUUAUCCUGACAUAGUUAGAAACUUUGAUGAUACUGGUUUUUUCCAAGACAGAGCCAUAUUAACUCCAACAGUAGAGAUUGGUGAAGGUUACCGAAUCACACUUAUUGAAAGUGAAGAAAGGCGUGCCUAUUAUUUUGUUGAGAAAUAUUGA